GCUCAGCCCACACGAGGAAGCGGCAAUCGCGACAUUUCACGAGCGAGCCUCUCACUUCGCUCGCCCGUGCCGCCCAGCUCUUGGACAACGACGACAACAACGACGGCAGCAGCAGCAGGCACGGCGAGUGAGCGCAGCCGUGCAGGCAACAGCAGCAGCAGCAGCAGGUGGUGGUGGUGGAGCGAGACGCAGCGUGGGGACUGCUCGGAGGGUUGCGCGCCGCGCGUGGGGCCCGAGCUGCUGCCAUGAGCCAGCAGCUGGAGCAGCUGGAGCUGGAGCGGCAGCUGGAGCUGGAGCGGGUGCUGCACGCCCUGACGUGCCGCCUGCAGCAGGUGGGGGUGAAGGACGAGAGCGGGCAGGACGGAUUCACGCGCGAGUACUCGAAACUCAAGCGCAAGUCUGUGAAGCAUCGCAAUGACCGCUCCUUCCCAACGGCGGCCGGCGAACUCCCGGAGAACAGCAAGAAGAACCGAUACAAGGACAUCCUCCCAUUCGAUUACUCACGAGUUGUCCUCAGCUUACAAACCGACGAGGCCACGUCUGACUACAUCAACGCGAACUUUGUUCAGGGUCUGAACGGGCCCCGCACUUACAUUGCCACUCAAGGGCCUCUCGCUCACACGGUCAUCGACUUCUGGAGGAUGAUCUGGGAGUACGGCAUCAAGGUGAUAGUCAUGGCUUGCCAGGAAGUGGAAGCAGCAAAGAGAAAAUGUGAAAUGUACUGGGCCGAAGAAAACAAGCCCAAAACCUACGGCAGUUUCCUAGUGGAGUGUGAUUCCAUGGAGGGGAGCAAGCAAGACAGAGCGGGAAACUCUUCACAGGAAACGGAAGAUGCGUGCAAAGGAUACUUUGUUCGUACGCUGAAGGUCACAUUCAAAGAGGAAUCCAGGGAAAUCUUCCAUUUCCAGUUUCCUUCAUGGCCAGACCACGGAGUCCCAGAGUCUCCGAACAGCAUCCUCUGCAUGGUCGCCCACAUUCACAGGAAGCAGGGGGCAGCUGCCAGCCCCAUCUGCAUGCACUGCAGCGCUGGCUGUGGAAGAACCGGAGCGCUCUGUGUCAUCCAUUACACGUGGGACCUCAUCAAGUCGAAGAGAAUAGAAGAAGAUUUCAGCAUCUUCAAUGUGAUCCAGGAAAUACGGACACAGAGGCCAGCGGCUGUUCAAACCAAGGACCAGUACGAGUUUGUGUAUCGCGCCAUCUCCACGAUGUUCUCCAACGAGCUGGACAAGAACCCAGACUACGAGAACCUCAGUGCCCACUACGAGAGGCUGGUGAAUGCGCCCGUGCAGGAAUCACACUAUACAAAUGUGCUGAAGAGCGGCAAGCCAAUGGAGAGACCCUCCAUCCCUCUCAAGACAUCUCGCUUAAGCGUUCCAUCGCCAAACGCCAGCGAUCGCGCCGAAAGCCCCACCAAAUCUCCUGCAAGAAAAAAGAUCUUCCCACCAGCUGAGGACAGCGGCAGUAGUAGUGGUGGCGGCAGGAAACCCGCAGAGCUGCCAAGCGAACGGUGUGGCAGGGACAAUGCGGCGCAGCCCAGGUGGAAGAGCGACUACGAAGUUGUGACCGUCCCUGAGAAGCCGAUGAGGAGCAGGCUGUACGAGACGUACGGCGCGCCGGUCACGCCGGACUACGAGAACCUAUUCGUUUCCAACGGUGGCAUUGGCGGCAACAGCGGCGACAACAGCGGCGGCAACAACGGCGGAAAUAACGGUGGCGGCAAAGCCCGCGUGGGCGGUGGCGGAGCGGCCCAGCACUACGAGGUGGUGGCGCCCUUCCCCGGCCCGCCGCCCUCUGACCCGAGCAGCGUGGACCGCCUGUACUCUGUUGUCACUCCACGCAAUCAGAGGCCUGGGAAACUGGUAAAGUCCUCCUCGGUCGACAGCGGCAGUGAAGGAGGAGGAAGCGGCGGAGACAGAGGACGGUCAUCGGUGCCGGAGAGGCUCGCGAACCCCCUCUACUCCCAGGUCCAGCUGCCCAGGCUCCCAGCUGCCAUCUACAGAGAGGCAUCACCACUUCAAGGGCCGAUGGCUGGGGCUGCCUCCCACAGCGAGGAUGGAGCUCUGUCGGCCGUGUGGACCAGGGACUGUGCUGCGUGGUCGCAGGAUAAAACGGAGUAUGUCAUCACAGCUCCAGAUGGUGCAGAUGACACCCUCAUUAAAGGAAAUCAAAAAAUCACAUCCAUUCCAUUCAACAUCAAGCAGGGUGUCAAGAUAUUUGGAAAACAACUCUUUGGAAAGUCAGAGCCACCCAGCGCAGCCAUCACAGAAAAACCAGGGGUCAUGAAAGCAGUUAACAACUCAGAUUAUGAAGACGUUGAAACCUCUCAGAACCAUAUAUCAAGCACGGCUGCUGUCAAUACAUCAAACAUAGGUACAGUGUUUUUUGUUUACACUCAUCUGAACCAUCCUGCCUCUCUCAACACACCCCAAGUGGUACCUGUGCACCUGUUAAACCGUAAUUAAACUCACAUUGAGAAAAGGUUACUUAAGUAUGGAUAUAUAUAUAGCCACAUCCACUGCAGGAACUAUAGAAGUUAAGGAUUUGAAUAUUUUGGGCGUUUAUAUUCCCCAAUAAAAACAACACUUUUGGAUUUACAUACCAUUUACAUGCAACUUCACAGGGUGGAGCAGUAGCACAGUUGUUAGCACAACAUGUUAUGAUCCCGGUGGCCCAAGUUGGAUUCCCGGCCAUGUAAAACAUCAGUGGUGGUUAUAGCCGAAUUGGGAAUGGGACGAAUCCAUCAGAGCGGAACUGAAUCCGAAUCUCAGCUGAGCUUCCAAAUCCGAAACUAACUCGAAUAUCCAUCGCUUAAGUUUAUAAAAGAAAAAAAAUCAAACCAAUCACAAUUUGCGAUCAUUUCCACGUGCAGAGACUACUACCGCCAGCAGCAACGAUAACUGGGAGCUCAAUUGCACCUGCGUCAAUGGUACCUGCGCCAAACUUGCGUGGCUCAGGUGCAAAUUGUGCAUGUUAGAGUGUGGGAAUAGAAACCAGGAUGCUAGCUGGGAUCUUAGGUUUGCGUUUGCCACCAUCACCCAAGCAGGCGUAGUGCUCUCCCCUGAUAAAUGAGCGGGACCGGGUGAGCGUGCUGUCGCGAUAGGGCUGGCCCCGACUUCCUGCUGUGAACUGAUUACAUAACUACAGCUGAUGGAGUUGCUCGCGGGUGCUUUUAUUGGUUAUUCUGGGCAAUGAGGGGGCACAGCAGCCUCGGCUCCUUGCCUGGUGCGUCUCGUGCAUUGCCCCUCAGUUCCUGCGCGCACUUAAACAACACAAUUAGCAGAUCAUAUGCUUCCUUUUCAUAUCUGUCCCUCCACAUGAAAAAGUGAGUUCGUUUUAUGAACUCCAACUACCACAUGGCUUUCUGGUAGUGAAUAAUACCCGCAGCGUUGGUUCAACACAAGCAAAACUCUGGACUGGUUUCAAAAUAGUGUCUCAUUCAUCAGAAGAGUCAGGCUCGUUUGAACCAAUACUAGUGAACUCCCAGGGAUUCCUCUCAGACAUGGGUCCUCGUUUAACCCAAACCUAUAUAAUACAUGACACAUAGAUUAUUUGUGCUAUACUAGUGACGAAUUGGCAUGUUCUGUUUACCUGACAACCCUCACUAGUUGGCUGUGUCGGGUGGUGGCGGGUUUUAAUGACACAUUUAUAUAUUUAUGCGAUCUAACCCAAAAAAACCUCUUAUGGAUGAUAUUGGUCACGAAAGCCUACGUGUUAAACUGACCUAGAGUAUUUCUAUAGAUGUUUCAAUAAGAUACAUGCACCCUCCCUUUUUCCCUCACUCUUGCCUUCCACAACCAUUCGGCAUUUUUAACCACCUACCCUGCCCCCCCCCCGUCGGCCGUAAUGAGUCGGUCUGUGUGUAUGGUCUGUGUUUGUCGUUGAAUGCCCGUAGGGUUUGGCCACCGCCUUGCGAGGCCACGGGGCCCACGGCAGCCCCCGGCAGACUGGCCCAGCUUCUAAACGAUAAUUUCAGCGCCAGCGACGGCCAUUCGUUUUUCUUGUUUAUAAAUCAAAUAUGAAUGUAAAUUAAUAAAAAAAUGAAUGGGGCACACUGAAGUUUCGUUUGCAAACAACAAUCCCAGGAGGUGAAAUUCAGCACAAUUUUAUCGUCUCAAACUUUUGACAUGCGUGUCGCUGUUGUAAACCUCUGUCUGCUUCUUUGCCCAGAAUAAUCGGCUUGGUGCCACCACCGUCGUCGUCGUUUUUUAGUCAUCGUCGUUUUUUGUUUAUUUUAUUAUUUUUUGAACCUAUCUAAGUGACUUUACCGAAAGACCCAAAGAAUGUAGACUUAAUAUUUUUAUAUUUGAUAUAGCGUCAGUCAUGCUAAUAGCAUCCCAUAACGCUGUACAUCAAUUAUAUGAGAACCAAAUCCCAUAUACAGCCACUACCAAGCAAAUUAAAACCUUGCUACGUACCAAGCAAAUCUAAAAUUAAUAAAUUAAGAAAUGGCACCAAAACAAAAAAAGUUAUCAAAACAAAGAAAUUAGUCCAUUACUGUAGGUCACAUCCUAGGCCAUAAUUCCCAUUUUACAACCAAGGCAAGAAAUCUUCACAGGAGGGGCUGUGGAGUGCCAAAAUUUUACGACUAAUUUAUAUCAAUCGGUCCAAUAUCUAAAAAGUGAUUACCAAUUUUUCAGCGUAUACUUGGAUGAAUAAAAAAAAACCUUUAGUUCAGAUUUCAAUAAUAUGAUAGAGUUGAUUUAUUGGAUGUGGAGUGGGAGGGUAUUCCAGACUGCAGGGACUGUGCAUGACUAAUCUCGUCCACCAAUGGUUUUAAGUUGUAUUUUUAGAGUGGAGAGCCACCCUAGAGAAGAUGAACGGGGAACCUGGGGACAGGAGUAAACUGAAAUCAGAGGGGAAAGAUAGGCAGGGGCUAGCCCGUAAAUAAUUUUGAAAACAGUGACUGCAAUCUUGUAGGUGAUGCUGGACUGAAUAGGUAGCCAGUGAAGCGACUGUAAAAUGGGUGUAAUGACGCUUACGGAUGUGAGUACUCUUGCAGCUGCGUUUUGGAUGCACUGGACACAUUGGUUGAGAGACGAAGACCAAAUAAGAUAGAAUUUCAGUCGUCUAGCCUGGAAGUUACAAAUGUAUGAACUAUUGUUGCUGCAGCUGUUUCAGAGAGACAGUUGCAGAUGAAAGCGGUCUUGCACAUAUAGGAAAUGUGAAGUCAAGAGUGAAACCCAGUUGACGUGCCUGUUGACUAAUGUGAAGAUCAGAGUCAAGCAGAUGGACAGUAGAUUGCUGAUGUGAGGUAAUUAUUUUUCCCCAGUUUUAGAGUUAUUUAUUUUAAGAAAACUUGCUGCGAGCCAGUUAGAACCUGGAGUAAAACAGGUGGCCAGAGGAAAGACUUCAGUGGAUGGAGGGUCCACGAGGUGGGUGGAGAAGGUUAAAGAAAUAGUGGCCAUCACCGCAGAAUUCCCUGAACCAAAAGGCCCGGGAAGACCAGGUGGUGGGCAGCCGGUUGGGGAAAAAUUAGAUAAUUGGGAGUAGUGGCCACCACCACAACCUAGACUAGACCAGAGGUCCAAGUAGACCAGGUGGUGGGCAGCCGGGGGUAGGUGAGUAUAAGAGAUGGUGGAGCAGUUGGAGUAACGGCCACAGCCAAGGCCUGAUCCGAGGCCCAGACAGGCUGGAUGAUGGUUGGCCCGGAGGGGGAAGGGAGGGGAAGAGGGGAUGGGGAAGUGGGUGUAGUGGCCACCGCCACAGUCUCGCCUGGACCAAAGACCCAAUCAGCUUGGUGGUGGAAGGAGGAUGGCAGGGUCUGGGGGGGGGGGGGGGAAGAAGAUGGCAUUGGUUGUUGACCUUGGGCCCUGAACAUGGAUGGCUCAGACUGAGCCGAGUGAAGAACGGUCGGCUCACGGGUGGUUGGUGGGCCUUAUUGAAGGUUGAGGCCAGCAGUGGUGGUGAGUGCACCGUGUUGCAGGAACAGAUGCCACGACUGCAUGCCGGUAUCAGCACUGGUUGAAUACUAAACAGCUGGGCAGGUAGCCCAAACGACGACGACACCGUGCUGUGGUAGAGGGCAGUGUCAGGCAAUGGCCAGAUUCAGAGCCACAGCCAUUUGUGGUAGAUGGCGAUGUGUCACAGCCAGCAGCACCGCGUGAGUAGGAUCCGCAGUAUUGUACCGGGACAAAAACUCGGGUCAAAAAUAGCAACAUUCCAGUGCCGUAGAAACGGUACAGUUUCUUAUGGAAUCGAAACAGCUCACAACGUGAGGCUGCGUAUCAGCAACCAGCUCCAUCGGCUUACAGCAGCAGCAAUUCCGGCUUCAUAACUUCUGUGUGAUUUUUUUCAGCAAUAUUUGGUGUAAUUGGUGGUGAGUUCAGAGUAAAAUAAGUAAUUGCUGUAGUCGAACAGUGUGAUGAGAAGUGUAAAGUUGAGCACGAGGUCGUGCAGUUAUGGUGGUCAGAUGAAUGUAUAUUAUAUGUUGAGCUUAUUUCGCACCGUAUGUAGCCAACCGCGCUGAUCGGAGAUGCGUGAUUAGAAUUAUUAGAAUCACACUGUGCUUGUAUUAGAAUCACACUGUGCUUGUAUUAGAAUCACACUGAAGUGGUCUGCCGGGUGACCCAGCUAAAAUUAAGCCCUGGCUACACAAACUUCAGUGCACUUUACUAAUGAUCGAUACUAACAUGUUGCAUGGAAUUACAAAUGUAAUUUCUCAUGUGUCUAAAUGUAACUCCAUCACGAUGCAAUUCUCAAAAACAGGACAUGUGCCUCAAGAACAACCGUGAGGGGUAUAUAUCAAGUAUAUUUUUCAUACAAGACCCUUUGCAGACAUGAUACACUCAAAUGCAGAAAAGAUUAAGGAUCUGAGACUGAAAUCAGUGCAGAUAGUCUGCACUACGCAUAUUAGGGCGUCUGGCCGCCUUUGUCUCUCUAGUGGCGAUGUAUACACAUCACACCAGGCACUAAAUUGAAGCUGAGUCGACCUCUAGAAGGCCCAGGACCGAUUCAGUAAUCGUCACUGGUGUUGGUCCUGAGCGGAAAUCGAAUUCCGGUCUCUGCGCAGCACGCUAACCACAGCGCCACCACUCCUCACACACCUUUGAGCUUGAAGUAAUGCAUACGAUUGGUGGUGCUGUGGAGAAUGAAGCCAUCCUCAUCUACUCCAUGGGGUCUUCCACUACGGAGCCAACCUCCUCUGACCACGAACAGAACUAGCAGCCCGCAGAUUGUAAAUCACCCUUCUGGGAAGGGCAAGAUCUUGGUCCACCUUCAAUGGUGUAACAAGUGCAAUGCGGUUGAAUAUGGGUGUUGAGUGUGGUUAAUUAGUAUUGAGUGAAGUAACUGGAUAGUGUGGUUAGAUAACUGGCUGUUCGCCUUUUGGUGUCCUGUGUUCACCUGUUGGCGUCCUCUGGUCUAACACUGUUUGAGACUAGGCUCUAAAGAAAGCUGUCUCUGGUGUGGACCAAUCCGUUUCAAAGACAAUGCAUA